AGAUUGCAUGGAAAUAGUUAAAUUCCCAGGACCCUGGGGGCUUUAGCGAUGGGCUAGACGGCGGGGAAAAGACACUGCUUCCAGAAGGGUCUUGAAGUUGAUGGAGCCGAGGCUGAGAAGUAAAAUACGCCUAUUUCCUCUUUCUCCCUUAAUCCUACUUUUCUACGAAUGUUUCCAAGUCCCCUCACACAACGUCAAUCCCAGGUAAAGAGUUGUCAUCCUCUGUUGGUUCUUCUUCCUACGAUUUCGUCUUGCGGUGUUGUUAUUUUCGCUUUGACUCCCAAGAAGAUUCUCUCUGUGUCUUUUGGAAUCCACAGAUGUGGAAGCUGGGAACAUGGAGGGCCAACGGUAGAACUCAGUGGGGUGUGUCCAGGCUGCAAUUAACCUAAUGAACCUGCGGGGCACAGCAGUCCACCUGGCGUGGACCGUCCCGAUUGGCUGCAUUGGGCUGACGGAAUGAAUUCCUAUCGGGGCGGGGCAGCCCAGGGGCCAAGGGGGUCAGGGCUUGAGCCCUGGGUGGGCCCGGGGCUGGCUACAUAAGGCCGGGCUCUGGCAGCGGAGCUUCACUCUGCCUUGGACGGCGCACCGCACAGGUCACUCCAGGCUGCGGCUGCACAUCCCGAGGAACAGAAGCGGGCCUGCUCAGCUGUCUGCAAGGACCGGCGUUCCAGACCAAGUGGCCCGCUGCUCCGAGGACCCAGCUCGCUCCAGGCUGUGACUCCACAUCCCGAGGUCGCUGCCUGGCGACCGGGCAGCGAGGACCGGCCACCCCACACUGCCUGUGCCGCCGCCCCGAGGACAGAGCCGCGACCGCGAGGACAGCGACGCCUGCACAGCUCUGGCGAGAUGGCGGCACGGUCCACUACGCUGCGCGCAGUGGAGAAGCUGCAGGUGCGUCUGGCCACUAAGACGGACCCGAAAAGGCUAGAGAAAUAUUUGCAGAAACUCUCCGCCUUGCCCAUGACGGCAGACCUCCUGGCGGAGACUGGAAUCAGAAAGACGGUGAGGCGCCUGCGGAAGCACCAGCACGUGGGCGACUUUGCCAGAGACUUAGCGGCCCGGUGGAAGAAGCUGGUGCUCGUGGACCGAAACACCGGGCCUGACCCACAGGACCCUGAGGAGAGCGCUUCCCGACAGCGCUUCGGGGAGGCUCUUCAGGACCGGGAAAAGGCCUGGGGCUUCCCAGAAAACGCGACGGCCCCCAGGAGCCCAUCUCACAGCCCUGAGCACAGACGGACAGCACGCAGAACACCUCCGGGGCAACAGAGACCUCACCCGAGGUCUCCCAGUCGCGAGCCCAGAGCCGAGAGAAAGCGCCCCAGAAUGGCCCCAGCUGAUUCCGGCCCCCAUCGGGCCCCUCCAACGCGCACCGCUCCCCUCCCGAUGCCCGAGGGCCCUGAGCCCGCUGUGCCCGGGAAGCAACGCGGAAGAGGCCACGCUCACGCCGCUCAGGGCGGGCCUCUGCUGGGUCCAGGCUGCCAGGGCCAACCCCAGGGGGAAGCGGUGGUGAGCCACAGCAAGGGGCACAAAUCGUCCCGCGGGGCUUCGGCUCAGAAAUCGCCUCCUGUCCAGGAAAGCCACUCAGAGAGGCUGCAGGCGGCCGGCGCUGAUUCGGCCGGGCCGAAAACGCUGCCCAGCCAUGUCUUCUCAGAGCUCUGGGACCCCUCAGAGGCCUGGAUGCAGGCCAACUACGAUCUGCUGUCCGCUUUUGAGGCCAUGACCUCCCAGGCAAACCCAGAAGCACUCUCCGCGCCAACGCUCCAGGAGGAAGCUGCUUUCCCUGGACGCAGAGUGAACGCUAAGAUGCCGGUGUACUCGGGCUCCAGGCCUGCCUGCCAGCUCCAGGUGCCGACGCUGCGCCAGCAGUGCCUCCGGGUGCCUAGGAACAAUCCGGACGCCCUCGGCGACGUGGAAGGGGUCCCCUACUCGGUUCUUGAACCCGUUCUGGCAGGGUGGACGCCCGAUCAGCUGUACCGCACAGAGAAAGACAAUCCCGCACUCGCUCGAGAGACAGAUGAAUUAUGGAGGAUUCAUUGUCUCCAGGACUUCAAGGAAGAAAAGCCACAGGAGCACGAGUCUUGGCGGGAGCUCUACCUGCGGCUUCGGGACGCCCGAGAGCAGCGGCUGCGAGUAGUGACCGCGAAAAUCCGAUCCGCACGUGAAAACAAACCCAGCGGCCGACAGACAAAGAUGAUCUGUUUCAACUCUGUGGCCAAGACGCCUUAUGAUGCUUCCAGGAGGCAAGAGAAGUCUGCAGGAGCCGCUGACCCCGGAGAUGGAGAGAUCGAGCCAGCCCCCAAGCCCGCAGGAAGCAGCCAGGCUCCCUCCGGCCUCGGGGAAGGCGGCGGCGGCAGCAUUAGCGGCGGCAGCAGCAACGAGCACGCGGCGCCCGCGGACAAAACCCGAAAACAGGCUGCCAAGAAAGUGGCCCCGCUGAUGGCCAAGGCGAUUCGAGACUACAAGGGAAGAUUCUCCCGACGAUAAACUCAGCACUUGCCUUACAGAUAAAAUCUGGGGGGAGGAGGGCCAAUGCAAAGUCAGUGCGGGUUGGGGAACGAAACUUCCGAUGGACACCAGAACCCUUGGCUUGGUGCAAAGUUGAGCCUCCGAAUCCUGCAGGUGUCAAGGGCUGGCCCUGUGAUUUCUGCCUCCCACACCCAGCCACUGCCUCCCUGCUUGGAGGACACCUCAGAAUUCACAAGAUAUUAUGAACGCA